AUGUCGUCAACUAGUCCAAUCCGAACUUUCUUUGAUUUAGCCGCUGAAGGUAGUGCAAUUGGACGACUUACUUUUGAGUUGAGAAAUGAUAUCUGUCCAAAGACCUGUGAAAAUUUUCGAGCACUUUGCACCGGUGAAAAAGGAUUCGGUUACAAGGAUUGCAUUUUCUAUCGUGUUAUCCCAGGAUUUUGCGCAUGUAGCGGUGAUUUUGAAACAAACAAUGCUAAUCGAAGUGGUGGACAUUCAAUAUUUGAUGAUAAAUAUUUUGAUGAUGAAAAUUUCAUCCUAAAACAUGAUAGUCGUGGAGUAUUAUCAAUGGAUAAUUAUGGUUGGCCUGAUACUGUUAGUUCACGAUUCUUCAUUACUUUUGAUGAAGCUCCAUGGUUGGAUGAUUAUCAUGUGGCAUUUGGGAAAUUAAUAGAUGGCUUUGAUACAUUUGAUCGUUUGGAAUCAUAUGGUAUCCUGGAAGGAUAUGGCGCACAAAAAGGACGUACCACUGCGACAAUUACCAUUCAGAAUUGUGGUCAAAUUUUUUGAAAGCUCAUUUAUAGCUAUGGAAAAUAAAUGCAUAUAAGCGUAACUGAAAUAGGAUAAAAAAUAUUAAAAGGAAAGAAAAAAUUUCACUGAUCAUCUUAUUGAUA